CGACGCGAGCGGCCCGGCAAGUCUCGCGAGAGUUCCGCUAGGCAACGGCGCAGCAAGAUGGCGGCGCGGGAGACGGAGGUGGUGGCGGUGGUGGCUCCCGGAGCUGGCCCCGAACAGCAAGUGACGAGCAACGGAACUGCUGGAGGAGGCGACGGAGUAGCCGAGACCCAGCAACCGAAUCAGCCCCCGCAGCAAGCUCCAAAUGCCUGGCAGGUUAUCAAAGGGGUCUUGUUCAGGAUCUUUAUCAUUUGGGCCAUCAGCAGUUGGUUCCGUCGUGGGCCGGCACCACAGGACCAAACCACCCCUGGCGGGGCACCUCGGUUGCCGAGCCGCAACCUUUUCGCUAAAGACACUUUAAUGGAUCUUUAUGUCUACAUCUCAGAGCAUGAGCACUUUACAGAUUUCAACGCCUCCGAGUCGUUGUUUUGGGAGAAGCGGGAUCUUGUCUACGGGGACUGGAGCAGUGGCGAAAAUUCGGACGGGUGCUAUGAGCACCAUGCCGACCUGAGCGUCCCUGAGAGCGUCCAACACAACGGCUCCAUCUACAUCCACGUGUACUUCACGAAGAGCGGCCUCCAUCCCGAUCCAAAGCAGAAGAACUCCUACAAGCGACUCUCCACAGUGCACACGUCACGAAUGAUAAAUAAGUACAAGCGCAGACGGUUCCAGAAAACCAAGAACCUGCUAACAGGGGAGACAGAAGCGGAUCCUGAAAUGAUCAAGAGAGCUGAAGAUUACGGUCCCGUGGAAGUGAUAUCCCACUGGCACCCGAACCUCACCAUCAAUAUUGUGGAUGACCACACGCCGUGGGUGAAGGGCAGCGUCCCCCCUCCUUUGGAUCAGUAUGUCAAGUUUGAUGCAGUGAGUGGCGACUACUACCCUAUCCUGUAUUUCAACGACUACUGGAACCUGCAGAAAGACUACUUCCCCAUCAACGAGACACUGGAGCGCUUGCCCCUCCGCCUCUCCUACUGCCCGCUGUCGCUGUGGCGCUGGCAGCUUUACGCUGCCCAGAGCACCAAGUCCCCCUGGAAUUUCCUGGGCGAGGACCUGUACGAGCAGUCGGACGAGGAGCAGGACUCCGUGAAGGUUGCUCUUUUGGAAACGAAUCCAUACCUGCUAGCUUUGACCAUUGUAGUUUCUAUUGUGCACAGCAUAUUUGAAUUCCUCGCUUUCAAAAAUGAUAUCCAGUUCUGGAACAGCAGGCAGUCUCUGGAGGGGCUUUCUGUCCGCUCCGUGUUCUUCGGCGUGUUCCAGUCGCUCGUGGUCCUGCUGUAUAUCCUGGACAAUGAAACCAACUUUGUGGUGCAAGUCAGCGUCUUCAUUGGGCUCCUCAUUGACCUCUGGAAGAUCACUAAGGUCAUGGACGUCAGGAUGGCUUUCCGGUAUCUCUCGUGGAUCCUCUUCCCGCUCCUGGGUUGCUAUGCUGUGUAUAGCCUCCUCUACAUGGAACACAAAGGCUGGUACUCCUGGGUUCUCAGCAUGCUGUACGGAUUCCUCUUGACCUUCGGCUUCAUCACCAUGACGCCUCAGCUGUUCAUUAACUACAAGCUGAAGUCGGUCGCUCACCUCCCCUGGAGGAUGCUCACCUACAAAGCCCUCAACACCUUCAUUGACGACCUCUUUGCCUUCGUCAUCAAGAUGCCCAUGAUGUACAGAAUAGGCUGCCUUCGAGACGAUGUCGUUUUCUUCAUUUACCUCUACCAGCGGUGGAUCUACCGGGUGGAUCUAAGCCGUGUCAACGAGUUCGGGAUCAGCGGGGAGACACAAGCAUCUCGGACAUCACAAAGCACGGAUCAGCAAGACGGUGCCCCCGUGCUGCCGGCCAUCACGGAAGGGGCCGCCAACGGAGCACCCCCAGCAGUGACAGAGGGAGCGGCCGAUCAGGAGCCCUCGGCUGGCUCAACAGGCUUGCCAGACGGUGUUCCCCAAGCGCCACCCUCGAAAACAGCAGAAGAGAAGAAGAAAGAUUAACCUGCUCUAACUUCAACUUUUUUAACAUCCCUAACUUGACUCUCUCACUGUUGGAUAAUGGACAGAUGGCAAAGGGGCGGUGGGGGGAGAGGAGGGGACGGGGGCAGCAAAAGUGCUUCGGUCCACCUGGGUCCAGAGCUUUUUAUUUUAUAUUCCAGUAAACUUGUGGGGAGGGGAAGGGGAGGGAGGAUGGUCAAGAUUGGGGGCGGGGAGAGAAAGAGAGCCCCCGUGAUGUUAAUGACGUUCAAUGUGACAAGCUGUAUUCCCUGGGAGAGAAACCUCACCCCCACCCACCCCUCCGUAAAUCUCUGUGUUUAAAGCAAAACCUCCACCAGUAAUAAUUGUGAUCUCCAUUCCAUUGUGCUGGUAUUUAGGACAACGCUAUUAAGGAGUUCCUCCUCCGAGUCGUGUCUCCGUUUCAUAAAAGAGAGCUGAUUAUCCGAACAAAAACAAACAACCCCCCCCCCCAACCACCACGAUAGUAUCAUUUCUCAUCAUUACAUCCUGAUAACGGACUUUGGAUUUAAUAAAUGGAUAUGGGUGUUUAAGUUAAAA